AUGCGUGCUUCGUGGUCAGUGGUUGCCGUUUUAGAAGUCACAAAUCGAGAAUCCUCAUAUCACCGAAAGAGGGACAAGCAUGUUAAUUUGCUGUACGUAAAGAAUCCACAGGACGAUAACGUGGAGCAUUUUUGCGUUGAUGAGCGUUUUGCGUUGAUUAAAGAUCUGUUCCGCCUCGUGAGAUCGCAAAUUACUAGAUCCAAGAAUAAGAAAUAUUUUUGCGAUCGAUAUCUAUAUUACUUCAAUACAAAUGAAAAAUUACAGUCACACUUAGUAGAUUGCGGUAAAAUGAAUGACUGCGCCAUCCGACUGCCUAGCAAAAACGAUAAGUGGUUGAGCUUCAACAACCAUUGCAGAAAGGAGCGCGUCCUGUUCGUAUCUACACCGAUCUGA